AUGAAUUCGCCUUCCACAAGGUUCGCUAUGGCGGUCGACAUGAGCUCGACCACCUCGCUGUUGCGCAGCCGCCCCAGCGAAACAGACGCCCGCCCCAGAAGAAAGUCGCCGGCAAGAAUGGCCAUCUUGUUGCUGAACGCAAUGUUGCCGGAGUCUCUGCCGCGUCGGGAGUCGGAGAAGUCGAUCACGUCGUCGUGCAGCAACGACGCGGUGUGGAUCAUCUCUGCGAUCUCGGCCAGUCUUCGUUGUUUCGGGAGAAUCCCGUUGGCCAGGUCUUUUUCGCGGUACUGUUCUCUGCUCAUCAUGGGUUUGGACAACGGGUUCAGGAUGAUGUUCGGGUUGAUCCCGUGCAGCACCCGCAACGGGCUGAUUGAGUCCAGCGGGUUCUGUCCAGCAAACGAAAACGCCUUUGGGGUUCCUCUAAACUCGUCCUGCUCGUUGACGUCGUACGGGUCAAUUGCUAUGCGAGUUCUUUCGGACUCGGGGAUUUUCGCCAGGGCCUUCGAGAGCAGCAGAACGAUCAACGGCCUCACGUUCUUGCCCUCUGCCUCGAAAUAG